UCAGCCCCUUUUGCCCUAGUCGGGAUUACUUCUUUCAGUCUCUGUUGCUUCUUCGCGCAAAAAUGCCGGAUCUAACAAAAUCUGCUCCUGCUCCCAAAAAGGGCUCUAAAAAGGCUGUUACGAAAGUGCAGAAGAAGGACGGCAAGAAGCGCAAGCGGAGCCGCAAGGAGAGCUACUCAGUGUACGUGUACAAGGUGCUGAAGCAGGUCCACCCCGACACCGGCAUCUCGUCGAAAGCCAUGGGCAUCAUGAACUCCUUCGUCAACGACAUCUUCGAGCGCAUCGCGGGGGAGGCGUCCCGCCUGGCGCACUACAACAAGCGCUCCACCAUCACGUCCCGCGAGAUCCAGACGGCCGUGCGCCUGCUGCUGCCCGGUGAGCUGGCCAAGCACGCCGUGUCCGAGGGCACCAAGGCGGUCACCAAGUACACCAGCUCGAAGUAAGGGUGUGCAAAGGACGCAACAGAUCAACCACUUUACCCCAAAGGCUCUUUUCAGAGCCACUUCAGUAAUUAAGAAAAGGGCUGUAAACACUUGGCAGAGCGUUGGAUAGCUUUUGGUCUGGGAGGGAGGAUGACCAAGGUUGGAUGCGCUCGGGUUUAGGACUGAGGAGUUCCCUGUAGUCUAGUAAUGCGUUACCACUGGGCCAUCCUCGGCCCAGUCUUACCGAGUCGCCUGUUACUUGUAUUAAGAGACUAGGAAGUAGGCUUGACCACGGUUCUGGGAUGUUUUUGAUUGAUGGGGGGUUCCCCACCCCUUCAACCUUGUACUUAACGUCUCCACCGUCGUUUUAUUUUUUCUGAAAGUAACGAAGAAGCUGAGAUUUCUUAUACAGAUGAGAAAUCUUUCAGUCCAACCUCUCACUACUUGCUGUUUCUCAGUGUUUUAACCUGUUUUCCUUACCAUAUACCUCCAAGCGUCUGUCACAAGCUUUGUGUAAUAUAGCCGUGUGCUUUCGUCCCUUAGCUUCUCUGCAAGUCCUGACUUGGCCAUCCUCUCCUAAGUUCCAUUUCAGCGACUUCAAUAGGGGAGAUACAUUGCCACCGCCCCCACCCCCUGUGGAGUAUUUGCCAAUAUCUAGAGAUGUUUUUGGGUUGUCAGGUGGGCAAGGGGGGGGGUGCUACAAGUAUCCAAUGGGCAGAGGCUAGGAGUGCUGCUAGGCGUAAGGCACAGGACAGUCCUGUGGGGGGACAAAGAGCUACGUGGUCUAUAAUGUCCAUCUUUGGCGAUUAAGAGACCUCAGAGCCCAAGGCCUCCCUAAUCAUGAUGUAAUCUUCAUUUCAGUCAAACUUUUCCUUAACCCCACCAGCACAUGUUUUUGUUCUUGGUGGAAGGUGAGCACUUCAUAGGCUGUUUACAAAUCCUUCUCUACAGGAAAAUGCCGCCAGGGCAAGGACGCUGUCUUGGUUCUGUAACAAACUUCCCCAAUUAUAAGGAUUAUAAGAAUUACCUUUGUGUUGUUAAACCUGCUCCCAGGUGUUUCUCCUGAGGUUUCCCUAUUCAGCUAGGCAGGAGGUGCGACCUGGAGAGGUGGUUGGCUUUUAGUGUUCAGGAGUGUGGAUGUUUUAAUAGAUGUUGAGUCCUCAUGUUAAUUGACCUGUUGGUGUGGCAGUCUUUCUGUCACAGAUGUUCUGAGAAACAGGAUGAGUGGAGGGGAUUGUGUAGAGAAGGCCACAGUUAAUACGUGGGAUGAAUUUCUGAAAACCUCUCAGUUCGAAACUUGUGUUAAGUCAAGACUCAUCCUGACAAAAGCCAGUGGAUGCUUCUUUUGCCAAAUAUACCCUUGGUGCAAUUGGAAAAUCUUAGUUUAUAAUUAACUUGACAACCUUUGAAAUUAAGCCAUUCUUGAUAAAUCUUGGGGGAAUUAACACAACUUUGCGCUUAAAUUGAAUUUUACUGAUUUUUAUGAUGUUGGAGUUCAAAUGUAUGUCGAAUUAAAAGUUAUAUAAAAUGUG